AUGAGGGAUUCAAAUUAUAGAUCCAUAUCAAAUAAUAAGGCAGCAGUCACUAUAACUACAAGUUUAUACGAUAGAAGAGCAUUGGAUGUUACAUCAGAUAAACCAUUAGUCAAUUCAUUAAAUUAUUUAACUUAUUUAGUUAGUUCUUCAGCAAAAGUUCGUGAAACUUUAUCAAUAGAUGGCGGAAUUGAAAGAUUGAUUGAAAUUUUACAUGAAUGUCAUAAUUGUAAUUUACUUCAACAACAAUUUAUUGAUGAUAAUAGCGAGAAAAAAUUAUUAAUAGCUUGGAAAUGGACUUUAGCUUUUCAAUGUUUAGUUUUAGUUGGUACUAGAGGUACAGAACAAAUUCGACAAAAAGUGGUAAAAGCUGGUAUUUUACCAAUUAUAGCUACAGUUAUUAAUAAUUAUUUAUUAUUAAAUGAAAGAACUUUUCUUCAUGCAAAUUCAUCAAGACUUUCAUUACAAUCACAAUCUGAAACAAAUGAGAAUUUAUCUAGAGCUUUUCAAGAUGAAGUUACCGAGGCGAUGCCGCGUCCUAAUUUACAACAAGAUGGUCCAAUUCAAAUGGCUACUGCAGCAAUAGAAGCAACUUCAAUUUCAAAUACAUUUUUUGAUUGUGAUUUACCUUGUGAUGAUUAUAGUAAUUUUUCAUUGGAUGAAUUAUUUAAAUUAAUCCAAACUCCUUCAAUACGGAAUCAUCAGCAUAACAUAAAUAAUGAUGUUAAAAAGAAAUAUAUCAUUAUGAAUUUAAUUACCAAAUUAAUUGAAGAAAAACAAAUGGAAUUAAAUGGAGUUGAAGAAUUUGAUAUGGAUAGUAAUCUACAAUUUUUAUCAGACCUUUAUGCUAGAGAUUACGAAAUUAUCAAAACUAAUAAUCUAAAAAUUGCAGUACGAUCGUUUACUGAUACAGGAGUUGUAAUUCCAAAAGAUGAUGAUAUUGUAUGGUCAUUACAAUUAUUAGCUUAUAUUUCAAAAUAUCCUUAUUUAAAAGAAGUUUUACAAAACACUCAUUUAGUUUUAGAUAUGAGUAUACGAGAUAAACAAUUGAAAUUAUAUUUGGAAAGACAAAUGAAAUUGAAAAUGAAAAAAACAUUAGCUAUAAAAUUAAGAGCUACAAUUAUACCAAAAUCAAGAAUAAAACCACCAAAAACUUAUAUUGAAAAAUUUUCACCAAGUGCUUCAAAUUCUCCACAAAUGGUGACUUCAUUAAAUGAUGAUACUUUUUUAAAUAAUGAUAAAUUUGAAUUAGUUACAGCUGAACCAGAAAAAAUAGAUGAAGAACCAGAGGAGAUUGAAAGCGGUGAUGAAGAAAUAGAUGAAGAUACUUUAUCUGAUCGAAGUUUGGAUACAAUAGAUUUGAAUCAACCAGAUUAUUUAUCAAAAUUACAUGAAUCAAUAGAGGUGUGUGAAAAUAUUACUGAUGAUUUAGAAAGACAGAUCAAUCUAUAUCAAACUGAUGAUAAAUUAAACAAAUUAAUUGAAGUUGAAAGUCGAAAAUUGAAAACUACAAUUAUAAAUACUCGAAAACAAACAAAACAAAAUUUGCUAAAUAAAUGGAAUUAUGAAGAAUACAAUUUUUUCGAUGUUGAUGAUUAUAAUGAAGAUAAAGACGAUUCAUUAAUCGAAUAUAAGAAAGUUAAUUUAUUUCCCUUGGUUGAAAAAUUUACAUUUUUAUCAGGAACAGAUAUGUAUUAUUGGUCAGGUGUAAUAAUGAGAAAUUCAUGUAGGAGAAAUGAAUUAAGAGGAGGUGUAAGACAAUGUGGAAACUUGGAAUGUGGUAAAUGGGAGAAAUAUCCUCGUGAAUUUUCAAAAUGUCGAAGAUGUAAACGAACUAAAUAUUGUUCAAGAGAUUGUCAAAUGAGAGCUUGGCAUUGUCAUAGAAAUUGGUGUAUACCUAGUUCAUCAAGUACGAGUACAACCACUGCUCAAAGUAAUAAUGAUGAAGAAAGUCAACAAGAAUCCUCAUGA